UCCUGCCAAAGAUCACCGCUGGGCUGCCUGGUUUAGGCGAUGAGUUACAUCCAGCUUCUGGAUUGUGCAGGCUUAAAUUCCAAGGCCGUCUGCCAAGAUAUGGGGGCCAGGGGCGCAGUGUCUUCAGGGCCCCUGAUUUGGCAAAUUCGCGGAGAAGGAUCAUGAGGCUUGGAGUUGGCAAGAUUGUGCCUGUUUCAUUGGCGAGAGAGUGAGGACUUGAGGGCAGUGAGAUUCCUGAUCUGAUCUGAUUAUUUUCAGCAGUUGACUGAGACCCGAGUAUAAAAAGGGCGAUCUGCACCACCGUUCUGAAGAUCAACUCUUUAUCUCUCCAUUUUACAAUCUUAUUAUUCCUAUUCCUUACACCACUUCACCGUCACCAUGCUUACCAAAUCCGCCUUUCUUGCCGCUGCCCUCGCGGCCAUCCCUGCCAGCGCCGCGCUAGACAAGCCUGCCCUAACUCCUGACCUCGACUACCUCCUUGACGGAAACACCGCCAACCUCCCUCAGAACGGGGGUGCCCACUGGGGAAAGUGGGAGGAUGGCCUGAUGCCCGAAGACUGCAAGAGCAUCGCCGAGGGCCAGGACCUCAACCCCGCCGAUUUUGAAGUCUACGACGUCUUCUACGACGAUUGCCAAGAUGCCUGGAGCUUCUGCCGCCACAAGGACUCCCCCGAGGACCUGGAAACCUUGGUCAACACCUUCGGCCGCGUCCCCGUUAGAAUGCGCAGCUGGGUCCGUCACGUCCUGAGCAUCCCCGGUAACAACUGGGCCUUCAACUCCAACGGAAACAUUGCUCUGUCUGGAACAACAACCCACAACCUGGACGUCUGCCUCCACGAGACUGGACACUCUCUUGACCUGCUCGGUGCUUAUGUCGAUGGCGCUCUGUCUUCAACCCAAGAAUGGGAAGACGCCUACAACAAGGACUCUGCCGUCCCUGACAACUACGCCCGCACCAACCAAGUCGAGAACGUCGCCCAAAACACCGUCGUCGGCAUCUACGACAAGGUCGUCCCCGGCGGCUUCCCCGGCGUGCAGUCCGAGUCCCAGAAGAUCGAGAACCAGUACAAGCUUCUCCAAGACAAGGCCGGCGAGCAGAUCCUCCCCGGUGGCACUUGCGACCGUCACCUCCAGAACUCAGCCACCGUCUCUAUCAAGUCGUCUUCUAAGCGGGAGAACAAGGUCGUCAAGGCCCGCGAGGCGCACGACUCUGCCCUCAAGGGGACAUACACCAACAUCGUGAAGGAGUUUACGCCUUUCAACACCAAGGACUUCCAUGAGGAGCACUAGAUGUGGAGGCUGAUCAUUUUAUUGAUUUAUAUGUUUGAUUAAUGAUGCAUGUAUAGCGAGCGAGGUGUGGGCGGCGCUGGUGAGAGUUGUUUAAUGUAGAGUAGCAGAGAAAUAUUUAUAUCUUUUGAACACCG